AUGAGGGCAAGUUCAAAACUAUCAUCAAAAAGAGUUACUUUAUCAUCUGGAUUAGCAAAUCGUUAACUAUCAUUAGCCUAAAUCUAUUAAGGUAUAUACGCAGAAAUUAUAGAAAAGUUGGAAAAGGUUAGAAAGAGAGUGCAGAUUUCUUAUUGGACACAAAUAAGUUAAAAUAUUCUUUAUAAACUAAUAUAUUGAAAAAUUCAUCAAAUCCAUCAAAUAUUUUUGAUGAUAAGUAAAUAAUCAAGAUUAUAAAAAAAUAAGGAUAUCUGAAUAAAGAGAUGAUUCAUUUUGUUUGAGUAGUGAAAAUAUUUUAGAGGAUUCAAUACUUUCAAUUAAUAUAGUUGAUAGAUAUAAAAAAGAAAAUGAUGGUUCUUCUUAAAGGGAAUCAAUAAAUAGUUAAGGAAUAAUAAGAAAGGAUAUAGAUGAGAAUUAAAGCUAAAUUUAAAUGGAUGAAAUCAAUGCUUAAUAAAAUAGAAAUGAAGGAGAAGCCUAAUUGUAAAAGAUUAUAAAAAAAUAUUAAAAGUAAAUGUAAAGAAAUCCUUUGUAAGAUCCAUAUUAUGUUUAAUUGAAAAUCUUAAGAGGAUAUGAAAGGCUUAAAUUUGAAUUACUAGUAUGUGUUAAACUUAAAUUAGUGUUAUCAUGAUAAAAAUAGAUACUUAAAAAUGAGAAAGAGAAUAGUAUUUAUAUGUUACUUAUUACCAAUAAUGAUAAAUAGCAUAAUAAAAUCAAUAUACUUUAAGUUAUUUAUGACAGUUUUGAUAAUAUUUAAUGUAGUUUUUUUUAUAUAUGUUAAAACAGACAAUAGAUAAGACACAGAUCAAAUAGAACAAGUGAUUAUAGUGUUCUUUUUGAUUGAGGUAAGUUUUAGAAUUAUAGCAUCAGGAGUAAUAUUGAAUAGAAAUAGUUUUUUUCGAAGUCCAUUAAAUAUAUUUGAUUUCACAUUAGUUGUUCUAACAAUUUUAAAUUUAUUUAGACCUGAUAUAGUAAUAUUAGAUUUGUCACCUUUAAGAAUGAUAACAUUAUUAAAUUACUUAGGAAAUGUAUUAAAAGGUUUAUCAGUAAUGUUAAAGGCAUUAAUAUCAUCAUUAAAGUUUUUAAUAGAAGCAUUAAUAAUAGUGGGUUUAUUUUCAUUAUUUUUUGGUGUUUUUGGUGUUCUAUUAUUUCAGAAUUUAUUUAAUUAUAGAUGUCAAUUUGAAAAUGGAGAUGAAACAGAUGGAUGGAUUUAAUGUAAUGGAAAUGUAUGUCCAGAAAAUAUGAAUUGUUAAUAUUCUGAAUUUACACCAAAAUCACCUACUUCAUUUAAUAAUAUUAUAUAUUCAUUAGGAUAGAUUUUAAGAACAAUUACAAUGGAUGAUUGGAGUUGGGUUAUGUUUUUUACAAUGAGAAUAUUUAAUCCAUGGAUAUGGAUAUAUUAUUUAUUAAUUAUUUUUGUUGGUGGAUUCUUUGGAUUCAAUUUAGUUAUUGCUGUUCUCAAAACUCAUUAUGCAGAAAUAGCUGAAGAAACUAUCUAAUAAUCAAUUUAAUAAAAUAUUAGGGCAAGAUUAAAAGAAAAAUAAGAAAAUUCAUAAAGAGAUUUUGUUUCAAUUUUCGAUGUUGCAUUUCUAAAACAUAUUGGAAUUUAUAAAGUUUUAUUAAGUUAUAAAAAAUAAUUAUCGAAUCCAUUAUAUUAGUCUUAAUCUCAUAAUAUUGAAGAUUUUAAUUCUGAUAAUGUUAAAACUAAAGUACGAACUUUAUCAGGAAUAUAAAAAAGUAAUGAAAAAGUAUUAUUAUUAUUAUCUAUUAUUUUUAGAAUUUGAAUUAAAAAGGGAUUUAAGCAUAUUUAGAUUAAUUUAAUUUAAAAUAUUUAUUAUUACCAAGAUUUAAAUAUUUAGAUAAAUUUAAGACAAUUAUCAAAGUGUCUAAUUACACUGAUGAUCCAUUAGAAACCAAUUUAAUAUAGAAAUUAUUAGAGAAUCAAUUCUCAUAACUUUCUCCGUAUCCAAAUUAUGAUAUAUCUCAAAAUUUUAGUAGUGCUGAUGAUGUUUUGCUAUCUUUCAUGUAAAAUUCAUAUUUCAUUUAAGUGAAAGAGAAAGAUAUAGAAAAAACAUUGAUUAAAACUAGUUAAUCAAAUAAUGCAGAUAAAUUAGAUUUAAACAAGUAUAUUCCAUAAUUAAAAUUAAACCAAAGUAAACUUUGAUAUCAUCAAAAACUUUAAUACCAAUAAAAUCUAUAAGGAGAAAAGUUAAAUCUUUAUAGAUUGAUCAAUCAAAUGAAGAAAAUACAUAAAAAAAUCAUAAUAUUUUUAGAGAGCCUUCUCUAAAAAUUAAAAAUAAGAAUUUUAAACAAAGUCAUACAUUAAAUAGUUUACCUUUUUCUGUUGUUAGUAAAAAAAAGAUAUAUGUUAUGAUAUAAGAAUAAUAUAUUGAUUAUGAAGCUGUUUGUGAAAAGAUUAAUACUAAAAUACCAAUUAUGAUUGAUAAUUCUACAUCAAAUGAAUUUAAAUAUAGUUUAUUAAGAAGAAAGGAUUUAAUAAAAAGAGUUAUUCAAAAGAAAAAUUGGUCAGGUAGUGAUGUAUUGCCUUUAGAUAUUUUGAGAGCUAAUGAAUUCAAUAAAAUAAAAGAAUAAUUGAAUUAAAAUGAUCAUUAAAUUUGGCUAACGGGAGUAAAAGGAAAGAUUAUAACUGCUAAGAAAUAUUGUUAUAUUUUAAUAAGUAGCAAAUUUAGUCAAUUUUUUUUUGAUUUGAUAAUAUUAUUCAAUUUUACUUUUUUAUCUUUGUAAGGCAUUGUAAAUCCUGGAUUGAUUUCUAAUGUAGAAGAUAUUACAACAAUUUUAUUAUGUUUAGAGUAAUCAUUUAAAUUAUUCUCUUAUCCUUUAAGAAAUUUGCUUAGUAUAAAAAAUUAAGUUCUUGAAUUUUUAAUUAUAAUUUUAAAUUUUAUAGAACUUAUUCUUGGAGAUUAAAUGACUAAUUCUAAUCUAUAAACAUAGAAACUGAUAAGAGGAACAAAAUGCUUAUUAUUCUAUAGAUGUUUAAGAUAUAAUAAAAUGGCAAAUAAAAUAGGAUAAAUAGCUUCUAAAACAUUUGAAUCUUAUAUUUAUUUGACAGUAUUAAUGUUAAUGAUUAUUUUUAUGUAUGCAUUAAUAGGAAUGGAAAUGUAUGCAGGAAAAUUUAAUUAAUUAGAAACUUUAGGAUAAUUACAUUCAUUUGAUAAUAUAUUGAAAUCCUUUAUGACUAUUUUUAAUAUAAUGACAAAUGAUGAUUGGUAUGGAGUUUAUGUAAUGGGUGGAGAUAUUGAUUAUACAUUUUCAAUUAUUUAUUCAUAUUCUAUGGUAAUUGUAUUAAACUAUUGUACUUAUGGUUUAGUUUUGGCUAUAUUAUUAGAUGGAUUUGGAAAAUAUUUGAAGAAUUAAGAGGAGGAAAUUAUGGAAAAGGAAGAAUUAUAAGCUUAAUAAAUAAGUGGGAAUUCAGAAUAAAAUGAGAUCACUUAUGAUGAUACAAUUGUAUAAACAAAUUAAUUACAAUCUAAAACAUAAAAAGUUAGUUUAAUAUCUCAUUUACUUGUAACAAUAUAAUCAUCAUACAAAAGUAUUGAAAUAAAAAACUAAUCAAUAUAUUACGGAAUAGAAUGUUAAUAAUCUCUAUAUUUAUUUGAUAAAACAAAUGUUUUUAGAAUAGUAAUUACUAAACUUGUAAUUUAAAUUUAUUAUUAAUAUUUAAUAGAUUCUAUGAUAUAUAGUUCUAUAAUAAUAUUUAUUAUCAAGACAUAUAAUGAUUUUGAAAUAAAUUCAUCAGAUCUUCCAGAUAAAUUGUAAUUUGUUGCAAACAUUAUUAUUUUGAGUGAUUUUAUAUUAAAUGUAAUAGCGAAAGGUCUAUUUUUAGAUUCUGGUUCAUUUUUAAAAUCUACUUGGUAGAUAGUUGAUGUAAUUUAUAUAAUAGCAAGUCUUAUUGAAAAGUAAAGUAAUAAUUCAAUAAUAAAAAUAUUAAUAUUUUUUGGUUAUUUUCGACCCAUGAAACUAAUGUAUAGAAUAACAUGGUUAAGAUAAUUAAGAGCAGCAUUAGGUCAAGCAUUAUUAGAUAUUUUAAAUGUAUUUAUAACACUUUUAUCAGUUUGGUUGAUAUUUGGAGUUUAUGGUAUAAUAUUAUAUGAAAAAUAAUUUGGAUAUUGUGAAGAUAAAAUGUCUUUUUAUGUAUCUUAUAAUGAUUGCAUAGAAGGAAAUAAAACAUGGAUAAAUUAUAAACAUAAUUUUGAUAAUAUAACAGUAGCACUUCCAACUUUAUUUACUGUAUCAACAUUUGAUGGUUGGGGAGAAAUCUUAUAAGUAGCUGAGAAUAGUAAAACUUAAAAUACUGGACCAAUUCCAUUCAAUAGUUAUUUAUAUACAUAUUUAUAUUUGAUAAUCUUUUGUUUUAUUGGAUCUAUGUUUUUUUUAAGUUUAUUUACUGGGAUUCUAUUUAAUAGUUUAAAAGAGAAUUAAUUUAAAAUGAAAAAUAGUAUGUAUACUUAAGUUUAAAGUGAAUUUAUGAAGAUUACAAAUAUUCUUAUGUCAGAUUUUCCAUCAUAUUCUGCACCACCAAAGAGUAAGAUGAGAAAAAUAUCAAGUAAGAUUAUAAAUAAUAUUCAUGUUAAAUAUUGUAUAUCUGGAUUGUUAAUAAUUGAUUUAAUAAUAUUAUUGUUAUUCAAUUCAGAAAUGAGUGAUUAAUACUUUAAUAUUGUAAAUAUUAUGCAUUAUUCAUUAACAAUAAUAUAUUUAAUGUGGACACUGUUAUUAUUUUUAGCAUUGGGUAUUAAUAGAUAUUUUGAUAAUUAUUGGAGAAGAUUCUAAUUAUUUUUAGUAUUUAUUGGAUUAAUUGAUUUGAUAGUAGAUUUUAUUACAAAUUGGACUCAUUUAUAUUUUAGAUCUCAUCCUGGAAUUGAAUAUUAUCAAUUGUUAAGAUUAUGUUUCAGUCUUAGAAGCUUCAGAAUAAUUCUUAUUUUUUAAGGUCUUAUAAAUAUAUAACGAUUACUUAGAGUUAUGGUAUUUGCAAUGCCUUAUUUAGUUAAGAUUCUUACAAUACUUAUUAUUAUCAUGAUUAUUUUUGCACUUAUUGGAUGUCAACUCUAUGGACAAAUAGAUUCUGGAUAAGUAAUGGAUGAUAUUAUUAAUUUCACUAAUUUUGCAAAUGCUAUGUUAGCUUUAUUUAAAUGUGCUUCAGGUGAUGAUUGGAGAACUAUCAUGACUGAUACUAUGUAACAUAAUCCAUUAUGUUAAUUAAAUGAUAAAUAUUGUGGAUCUACUGCUAAUCAAUUAUAUUUUAUUCUAUUUAUGUUAUUAUCUAAUUAUGUUCUAUUAAAUUUAUUUGUAUUAGGAUUGAUUGAAUAGUUUGAAUAGUUUUUUUAAAUGUAAAACUCAUUAAUUCAAACUUAUGUUGAAAAUGUUGAUAAAAUUAAAAAUACAUGGUGUAAAUAUUCUUAAGAUACUUAAGGCAUGUCUAUGCAUUUUAAAUUUCUUUGCAAAUUCUUAAUUGAUAUAGGCUAACCAUUAGGAGUAGAUAAAGAUUCCAAUUUAUGGGAUGCAUGUAAAUUAUCUUCUUAACUUAAAUUAUAAAGGUAUAAAUAAAUAUUAAUCUAGUGAUAUUCAUGGAUAUAUUUAGUAUAAUUUCUUAAUGUAUGAAUUAUUUAGAAGAUGCUAUUAUAAUCAAGUAUUUAAAUCAGGAAGUAAAGAUUCUAUUGCUUAAAUAAAGAAAUUUAAUAAAGAAUCAUAAUUUAGAUUGAUGUAUUACAGAAAAAAUAAAAAUCUACCUCGUUCCAGCAUUGGUCCAACAGCAACAAUACACCCUAAUAUCAAUUUAAUUCAUGAUUAUUUAAAUGUUUUAAUCUUAUUUAAGACAUGGCAGUAAUUCACUAAAUAACUAUUAGCUAAAGUGAAUUAAGAUCUAGAUUAUUUUACUGACUAAAGUAUAUCGAUACAAGGCAGAAUUUAAAAUGAGUAAGUAUUUUUAUUCACUUAUUUUAGUUAUCAACAAAGUUAGAAUCAUAUUCUGUAAAAUAAUUGUGAUAGUGACUUAGACAAUUAAAUAAGUAGUAGUGCUUCUAUAAGUCGACAUAGUAUAUCUAUCAACAGUUAAAUCAAUCUCUAUAAUGAUUUACCUAUAUAAAAAUGUUCAUAUGACUCAUCUUUGUAAAGUGAAAAUAGAGAUUUCCCCUUUUUUAUUAAAAUUGAUAAAUAAAAUGAUCUUGAUGAAUGA